CAUAAGUCUUCUGAUCAACGCUAUACUGCCCAAACCCAAUGUAGACGUACAUACGUUACACAUUGAAGGCUCUCUGGGAACUAACAAUGAUCCUACCAAGACAUUAGACGCACAGUACAUGACUGACGUUACUAAAAUCCUCACCGGUGUUAAGGGAACUCUACUGCUGCUGCCAGAGAGUUUUGACACUAACUCAACAAUAACAUGGACGUCUAGCUCUCAAUAUAGACACAUUAACAACUUGCUCUACUACAAGUGGGACGUGAAUGGGUCGCAUUUCGUAGACUACGCGCUCACCUCACCUAUUUAUGAAGAUGUAGAAACGUUCAAGUUAAAGGGGUCGUAUCAGAAAGACAUGGUCCAUAACCAUAAGAUUAUCAAAGGUGUCAUGCAUCGUCCUGGUGAUACUCAGAUAGGAGAGUUAGACAUCAGAUACGGAGGAAUCGCGCACACUGACGGACACUUCAAUCUUACCACGCCCUUCCAUAAACUACCCUGGCUUAAAUCAAUACUCAAUAUAAACUACGUAGAAGAACAAUCAGACAACAAAAUAGAACUGUUCUGGCCGAAUAAAACCGCUUCAUUAAACUCCACACAUCAGUACAGACCCCGCGAAGGAGGUUUCACGCAAACUGGAACAGUUUCAUUGUCAGUACCAUUGAACACUCAACAUUUAGUCAACACAGAGUAUAACUACGUACAAUCAGAGAAGUGGAGCAAUGGAAACGCUACUAUAGAUUUGGAUUUAGAGAGAUUCGUGAAGGCGUCCUUCAAACAAUUGUUGAGUAAGAGUAACAGAGAUUUAGAUUUGGCGACUACCGAUAUCGAAGUUGAAAAUGUUCAUACACCAGUCGGAGUGAAAUAUAUACACGAGUUUGAUACAACCGGGAAUAUUGAUGUUAAACAAGCGACAGUAUUUCAUCUUCACAACGCAACCAAGUUCAACGUUACCGGUAUAUUAGACGUAUACACUUACGACGUAGGGAAGAACUUAGAACUCACAGCCAUUCACGGGAACCGAACCUUGACCUUCGAGAAUAAAUACGAAUCGGUAGACCGGGAACUGAAGCAAGGCAGUAAGAUGAAAUGGGCCGACGACGUCUGGCUGAAGUAUAAUAUACACCUCACUAAUAUGACAUAUAACGAUACAGAAUCGCAGCAACUGGUCAUGAACGUUUGGUACCCGCGCCGCUCAUUCAAUCUGAUCGGUGUGUACAACCUCCAAGAUACUAUGUUAGACGGUAAUGCACGCCUCACUUGGAACGUGCGUGACGAGAACAAAACCGCUGAACUCAAAGGGAAAUGGAAUAAUCCGCCAUUGGCCGAGGGAAACCAACACAAUAUUGACUUGUCACUGUCACAUCCCUCUUUCAGAAAGGAUGUAAAUCUCAAAGGGCAGUAUAUAAGUACACCAGCAAUAAUGUCUAAUAUAUCGCUAGAACUUCAAUACUCCGAUUACGAAAACGAAUAUUUGAAGUUAAGAUCGAUUCUAACUGACAACUCGAACGGACCAAUAAGAGAUUACAAGUUCGCGCUAAAGUGUACACAUCCCUCGACCAAUCUGGACCUGGACAUGAAAUCUGAUAUAAACAUACGCAACAGAUGGUAUUACUUCAAUAAUUAUUAUAGAUUCCAGAAGUCAUUGUUUUAUGAGAAACUGAGACAUAAUAAUAUGUUGAUAAAUUUAAGUAAUAGUUCCAUUCAUUGGGAGCGUGCCAAUGAAUCUUACUAUUAUAAAGUGAACGGGACUUGGGACUUAACUUAUCCUGAGUACAAAGCUUUUGUGACCGUACUGAGGCCCACUGGUAACGACACGGGCGUAGCUGUGUUAUCUACGAGAGAUAAAUCUUUGAUAGCCCACUUCAACAGCACUGACGAUAUCUCGUAUCACAUAAUAGGUCGUAUCAUUGACACACGUUCAGCGAAAUUAGAUGCUUGGAGAGAUUUCGAUGAUGUAACAACCGCUGACUUAGCAUCAUACAUUAGACUGAACCAUUCCCGAUUGCUUACGAGCUCUUUUGUGUGGCGUCCUGAAAUAUUCAGUGAAAUUAAAGCGACAGCCGUCUAUACGCUAAAGGCUCUGUACGGUCAAAUCAAUGAAACUCUCGUAAUUAUAAAAGAAAUGCCGAUGGAAGCGCAUUUAGCUCUUAGAAACAUCUGGGGUGACGCUAAACCUAGAGUAAGAGAGUUCCUGGACGAUCUCAACGAUUUACACGUGAUCAAAGACGAUUUAGACGAGUUCCACAUAUUUUUGAACGAGUCCUAUAAUCAUAACGACUUUUACGUAAAGGAUAUCGUCGAAUUCACGUACUACGUCCUAGACGAAAUGGCAAUACGGAAUCAUUUGGAGAGUUUGCCCGGCAUCGUGAAUGAUAUGUGGGGUAUGAUGGGUAAUACUAGUCAAUCGAUCAAACAGAGUUUGACCUACGUCGCUGAAACUAUACGAAUGGCUUAUUCUAACUUCUUGGAAUCGGUCAAUAAAGUUUUGGAAGCUGAUUUCAUGGAACUGGUUUCGGCAAGACUGGAGGCGAUGAUAAUGCAAUACGACAAUUUUGUUAGAGACAUGCAUAUGCGAUUGCUGGAGUAUUGGGAGGAGACUUGGGUCAAUGCGACAAGUAGACUCUAUACAUACUGGCACGAUCUACUAAAAUCCAUAGAACCCUUGUUUUUUAAAGUGUUGGACUACACGGAGACAUUCGUGGUAUCCAUAUGGCAUAGUAUGAUGGAUUUCUUUUACAGUAGAACGCAGGAGUUGACAGAUUCACCAUAUUUCAAUUACGUGUCCACAUUUAGCCAUGAAGUUGACAAAAUAUACAAAGACCUGAUAACCAAUGAUCUCGUGACCAAUAUUAAAAAGUACAGCAAGAAAUCCUUUAAUUUCUUGUGGCAAAAAGUUGAAAAAUACAUUCCGUUCAAAGAGGAAAUCAUGCAACUGUACGCCGAGUUCAAAAACGCCUGGGAAUCGUUCAUGAAAACUAAGCAGGUUGUUUACAUAAAAGAUAAGUAUACUGAAGCAUACGUACGUCUAAGGUGGUGGUACGACUAUUUCCUAAUCGGUGAAGCUCUGGACCGUGUCGGAGAAAUCAUAUAUCAGAAAGUAACAGAUAUGGCAAAGACUGCUCUGCAAUAUGAAGAACUACACCGUACACCAAAAACUCACUUCGUGUUCGAUCCGAACGAAGGCACGAUAUUACUGGAACAAAAACUGCCCAUGUCGUGGCACGCUUUUAACCGAACCCCGGACUUUAGCGAGAUAUCCGAGUACCGCGCCGUUCGAGACUUUAUAGACGACUGGCUCAACACUAAUAAGAGCAUCUGGAGCUAUUAUUAUGAGUUGAGACCUUAUAUGGACUUGGAUAAUAUUAUGCCACCAUUUGCUGGUAACUCGGUGCUGACGUUACCCGCUGUCAUUGAAGACUUUACAUUGGAUAGACACACGGACGCACUUACUGUACGAAGCCGGAACGGACUUCUUAUAGAAUGCGACUUCUUGUUCAGGACAUGCAAGUUGCAAGUUACAGGUUGGUACUACGCCAGCUUGGGCGGUCUUCUCGGCACAUACAACAACGAGCAGUACGACGAAAUGCAACUUCCGAACGGAACUCUAACUAACUCUAGCAUAACUCUCGGCAGAGGGUGGGGAUUGAAACAUAUCAGUCCGGUAUUGCCGUUAGUGAGAGAAGAUCGCGGCAACGAUACCCAAUGCGAUAAGUUCUUCUUGAAUAAAGUGUCGCCUCUGCGCCCUUGCUUCUCUGUGAUCGACGCCACUCCAUUCAGCGCGGAGUGUUCACGCGGAGCGGACGCGUGCGCGCUCGCGAACGCAUGUAUAACACCUCAAGGAGAUAUAAUUGAAGAAGGCUCGUUCUACCAAAUGCACGAUGUGCCGAACACGACUGACGUAGUGUUUAUAGUAGAGGCCCAGUAUUGUAACAAAAACAUGAGGAAACGAAAGAACUUAGAUUUGUUCAUAGAAGCCUUCGACACGAGACUGCAAGGCAGCGGCAUCACUGAUAACAGGUAUGCGAUAGUGGGCUAUGGCGGUAGCGGCGUGUACUCUGAGCCGCGCGCACUCUACGUAGACAAUCAUGUAUUUGCAGACGCCAUUCAGAUACCGCUCCACUUCGAUGCACUCCAAAUAGGCAUAGAUAGUACACAUGCGUAUACAAACAAAGACUACGAGCAUCUCAAAGGUGAUAUGGAUCUUAGGAAACAAGUGCGACUUCCUAAAGAUAAACUAGGACUAUGCGCCUCAUUAGCUUUGGAGACUAAUGGCACAUUACUAGCUGGCGGUAAGCUGCAGGGCGAGCGAGGUACCGCGCGCCGCUUCGCCACUAUAGCGGGCGCCCGCGUCGCACAGACCGCGACCGCGUGCGCCCGCGCUUCCUGCGAGUGUCGCGACACUAGACUACACUGCCGGCCCUGCGCCGAUAUAGCAAGAAUGGUAAGGAAUUAUCAACAUAUUCAAUAGACUUGUGUGCUACAAGUGAAAAUACGUGUUUUUGUUAUAUGUUCGGAAAAUAUGAACCAUUUUAACUUGAAAAUAUUAAGCUUUGAAAACUUGAAAAAAGUAGGAAAGUAUACUACAAAAAUUUGCUAAAAUUAGUUACAUAUAACGUUACAUCCAUUAUAAUAGAUAUAAACAUAAAUAACGAAUAUAUUAGAAAGAUUGCCCAGAUGUACAAAGGUUUUUCGCUAGCGUAGCACUGUCUUGACGUCACUUAGUGCCUUGAAGCAGGCCGCCUAGCAACACUUCCAUAAACAUAGCAUCGUAUCUUCGAAACUAUUAAUCGCAGACAUGUUGUUACUUCUAUAUUAUUUAUUAGAUAUUAAUGGACUACUUAUUUAUUUAUAAAAUAAAUUAUUAAUUUAUAAAAUAAAUAAGUUGUCAACAAGCCUAUAUUACCAUUUUCGCCAAUUUUUGAACAUGUAUCAUGGUUUCGUAGCGUCAACUUUACGGUACUAUAUUUUACUUAAUACCAUAUCGUAA